AUGGGCACGGGCAGCUGCGGGCGGCCGUGGUGGCCUCUGCUGCUGCUGCUGUUGACGCUCUUGGGCCCCGCGGGCGCCAGCGCACAGGAAGAUGAGGAUGGCGACUACGAGGAGCUGGUGCUCGCCUUCCUGUCUGAGGAUGACGGCCCGGCAGACGUGGCUCAGCAAGUAGCCAUUGCCACCUUCCACCGCUGCGCUAAGGAUGCUUGGAGGCUGCCGGGCACCUACAUGGUGGUGCUGAAGGAGGAGACCCACCGCUCGCAGACGGAGCGCACUGCCCGCCGCCUGCAGUCCCGUGCUGCCCGCCGGGGCUAUCUCACCAAGAUCCUGCACGUCUUCCACCGUCUCUUCCCUGGCUUCCUGGUGAAGAUGAGUGGCGACCUGCUGGACCUGGCCCUGAGGUUGCCCCACGUCGAGUACAUCGAGGAAGACUCCUCUGUCUUUGCCCAGAGCAUCCCGUGGAACCUGGAGCGGAUUAUCCCUGCGCGUUACAAGGCGAACGACUACCAGCCCCCCAAUGGUGGCGGCCUGGUGGAGGUAUAUCUCUUAGACACCAGCAUCCAGAGUGGCCACCGGGAAAUUGAGGGCAGGGUCACCGUCACCGAUUUUGAGAAUGUGCCAGAAGAGGAUGGGACUCGCUUCCACAGACAGGCGAACAAGUGUGAGAGCCACGGGACUCACCUGGCAGGGGUGGUCAGCGGCCGGGAUGCUGGUGUGGCCAAGGGCACCAGCCUGCGCAGCCUGCGCGUGCUCAACUGCCACGGGAGGGGCACAGUCAGCAGCGUCCUCAUCGGCAUGGAGUUUAUUUGGAAGAGCCAGCUGGCCCAGCCCGCAGGGCCGCUGGUGGUGCUGCUGCCCCUGGUGGGCGGGCACAGCCGGGUCCUCAACGCUGCCUGCCAGCGCCUGGCCAGGGCCGGGGUGGUGCUGGUCGCCGCUGCCGGCAACUUCCGGGACGAUGCCUGCCUCUACUCGCCGGCCUCAGCUCCUGAGGUCAUCACUGUUGGGGCCACCAAUGCCCAGGACCAGCCGGUGACCCUGGGAGUCCUGGGGACCAACUUUGGCCGCUGUGUGGACCUCUUUGCCCCAGGGGACAAUAUUAUCGGUGCCUCCAGUGACUGCAGCACCUGCUUUGCAUCACAGAGUGGGACAUCACAGGCUGCCGCACAUGUGGCUGGUAUUUUGGCCAUGAUGCUGACUGCUGAGCCAGACCUCACCCUGGUUGAGCUGAGGCAGAGGCUGAUCCACUUCUCUGCCAAAGGCCUCAUCAAUGAGGCCUGGUUCCCUGAGGACCAGCGGGUGCUUACUCCCAACCUGGUGGCCACACUGCCCGCCAGUGCCCACGGAGCAGGUGGGCAGCUGCUCUGCAGGACUGUGUGGUCACCGCACUCAGGGCCUACUCGGAUGGCCACAGCCAUGGCCCGCUGCGCCACGAACGAGGAGCUGCUGAGCUGCUCGAGUUUCUCCAGGAGUGGGAAGAGGCGGGGCGAGCGCAUUGAGGCCCGAGGGGGCAGGCGAGUCUGCCUGGCCCACAAUGCAUUUGGGGGUGAGGGUGUCUACGCCAUUGCCAGGUGCUGCUUGUUGCCCCGGGCCAACUGCAGCAUCCACACAGUGCCACCAGCCGGGACUGGGGUGGAAACCCACGCCCACUGCCACCAGCAGAGCCAUGUCCUCACAGGCUGCAGCUCCCACUGGGAGGCGGAGGACCUUGGCACCCAGAGGCAGCCUGUGCUGAGGCCACGAGGUCAGCCUGGCCAGUGUGUGGGCCACCAGGGGGCCAGCGUCCAUGCUUCCUGCUGCCACGCACCGGGUCUGGAGUGCAAAGUCAAGGAGCAUGGAGUCCUGGGCCCUGCAGAGAAGGUGGCUGUGGCCUGUGAGGAGGGCUGGACCUUGACGGGCUGCAGUGCCCUCCCUGGGGCCUCGCUCGUCCUGGGGGCCUACCCUGUGGACAGCAUAUGUGUGGUGAGGAGCCAGGAUGUCGGCGCAGGAGGCAGGACCAGUGAGGAGGCCACGGCCGCCGUUGCAAUCUGCUGCCGGAGCCGACCCUUGGAGCAGGCUUCCUCAGAGCUCCAGUGA